AUGCACGUAGGCACCAUGCCGACAUUUUAGACUAUAUCGUUUUGCAUGUUAUAUGUGCAAAUGGUCUCUGAAUGCCUUUUACAGGGCAGGCUAGUGCAUAUGGGCUUUUUGCUCUGUGAAAAUAUGGAAGUAAUUAGAGAUACCAAGAGAACAUUGCUCAAUCGUUAUACGCUAAACAGCAAAGCAACUGUGGCUUGUGAGGUGCCCCAAAGGCAUGCAGAUGUAUAUUUUGGUUGUUGAAAAUCUGACCAAAAGAAGGAAAAUAAUCAACAAAACAGAAUUGAAUAAAUGAUUACUGUUGGUGGUGGUGUUCCACUGAGUGUGGUUGCACUUUUCUUUAUUUACAGUCAUUUGUUCCAUACACACGUACUGUAUACACUGUUAAAGGUUGCGGUUCAUACAGCAUGGUCGCUCGCUUCUGGUACAUUUACGUAUACAGUAGUACUCACUCCUUUCUUCUCUUGUCCUGUUCUCCAGGAUGAGUUUCAUCCGUUCAUCGAGGCCCUACUGCCGCAUGUGCGUGCCUUCGCCUACACCUGGUUCAACCUGCAGGCGCGCAAACGCAAGUACUUCAAGAAGCACGAGAAGAGGAUGACUAAGGACGAAGAGCGGGCGGUGAAGGACGAGCUGCUGGGAGAGAAGCCUGAGGUCAAGCAGAAGUGGGCGUCACGCCUGCUGGCCAAACUGCGCAAGGACAUCCGGCCCGAGUGCCGCGAGGACUUUGUGCUGUCCAUCACGGGGAAGAAGCCCCCCUGCUGCGUCCUCUCCAAUCCUGACCAGAAGGGCAAGAUGAGGAGGAUCGACUGCCUGCGUCAGGCCGACAAGGUAUGGAGGCUGGACCUGGUUAUGGUGAUCCUGUUCAAGGGCAUCCCGCUGGAGAGCACGGACGGAGAACGCCUGAUCAAGGCGGGGCCAUGCAACAGCCCCAUCCUCUGUGUCCAGCCACACCACAUCAGCGUCUCGGUCAAGGAGCUGGACCUUUACCUGGCCUACUUCGUACAGGAGAGAGGUAAUGCACUGCACUCACAUUCUCACUAGUGUUUAUCAAAGGUUUUAGAAGUCAGUCAACUGUUGACCAUUUAGAAUAGUUCAUAUAUUUCCCCCCAUACAGUAACAGCAAAUCAUUCUUAGGAACAGAUUACAGGACGGAAAUAUCCUUGUGCGUCAGUGUCAUGUCAGUGGAGGAAGUAUACAUAGAUGCUGUGUCUAGUGAAAAGCUGUUGACUCAGAGGAUGAUCUUUUGAACAACCACUUUACUGAGUCACAGAGCUGUAGAAGUUGGUCUUGAGAGAGCAAGGGGAUACCUAGUCAGUUGCACAACUGAAUGCAUUCAACCGAAACGUGUCUUCUGCAUUUAACCCAACCCCUCUGAAUCAGAGAGGUGCUGGGGGGUUGCCUUAAUGGGGGUUAACUGCCUUGCUCAAGGGCAGAACAGCAGAUUUUAGCACCUUGCCGGCUCAGGGAUUUGAACCAGAAACCUUUCAAUUACCGGGCCAGCGAUCUUAAACACUAAGCUACCUGCUGCCCUGAGAGAGAGACAGAGACGGAUAGUUAGCGAGAGAGAGAGAGAGAGAGAGAGAGAGAGAGAGAGAGAGAGAGAGAGAGAGAGAGAGAGAGAGAGAGAGAGAGAGAGAGAGAGAGAGAGAGAGGGAGAGGGCGAUAAAGAGAGAGAGAGAAAAAGAGAGAGAGAAAGAGAGAAAUUAACUGGAACCAAGUCCUGACAGUGUAAAUAAUUUUAAAUGAGCAUGGGUUUCGAAUGCCAGCCUCAGAGAUGUGUUAAACUGUACAGUGUUUAAUAAAAGGGUGUAGCCUGGUAGUUAGUGGGGAAAGUUGGGCGCCAGCUGAUGCACAGGGACGCAGGCAGGCUGCCUCUCAGGGCUCGAGCCAGCAGCCAUCAGCCAGGGCCACUCUCUGCAUCCUCACUGCUACUUGGCUCAGAAUGGGGUGGCCUGGCAGGCUGGUUGGGACCCAUGGCAGGGGCCAAGGAAGAGCUGCCCCACCCUGGCCCCUGCCAUGGGUCUCAACCAGCCUGCCAGGUCACCCCACAUAACCCUAACCAGUAG